CGCUGCCUCCUCUUCACUUGCGUCCUAACAACGGAUGGGAGCGCAGGAAAGACGGAUGUAGCUUCACUCUUCCAUGUAUUGGAUGUUUCCAGACGAACACAGCAGCCUGUGUAGUCAGAUUGUGGUCGAUUUCCGACGUGAACACCACGCAACUCCUGCCUGAGAUCACAUUUUCUUUUGUCUGGCGUCAACAUUUUUUGGUAUGUGGGAUCAGGGAUUGAAAAGUAAACACUCCGGCCUGCGCUCAUGAUCGGUGGCGAGGUGAGAUUGAUAGCCUACCUCGGACUCGGAUUGUCCUUGAUCGCAAGUUGAUUUGACUUCGGAGCGGAGCAGCUCCAAUGGCGUCAGUUUCGAAGGUGUCUAUUCUGGAUUACUUUCAUAUUGUGUUUGAAGGUGAAAAUGGCAAAAUCGAGUCCAACUGCAAGGCUUGUGGUACGAGGAUCCAGGCGAAGCGGAGUGUCACGUCCAACUUCGUAACGCAUCUCAAGCGAAAGCACCAGGCUAUGUAUGAUGACUUUGUGAAAAGGAAGGAUAUGAAGAGAGAGGGUUACUCCUCUGGUUCCCUGCACAGUUUUACCACAAAUGGAGGGAAUACCCGCUACACUCUCCCCAUCAGUACUCGAGUGGCAGGUGGAGGAGGAGGAAAUGCUGGAGGAAUGGGAACUCUUGAGGGAGGAGUAGGUGGAGGCUCUGGCGGAGGCGUGACCAAGUUUGACAGACAUGACCCACGUCAGGUUCUGAUCUCUGAGGCUGUAGCUAAGAUGAUUGUGCGUGAUCUGCAGCCAGUAUCCAUAGUGGAAAAUCAAGGCUUCAGAGAGCUACUUCAGCUCCUGGAGCCACGUUACAUCCCUGAGCCACAGCUCUACAUCCAGAGCCAGCUACUACCGGCCUACGUCUACCAGGCUCAGCUAGCAACCCGUCAGGCACUGGCCUCAGCGCACGCACUCAGUCUCAGCCUGGAUCUCUGGAGGGGCUUAACUGGAGCCACUUCAGGGUACAUCGGUGUCACCUGUCAUUUUCUCACAUCUGAUUGGCAGAUGCGCUCAGCUCUCCUGGCGUGCCUUCCCCUGACAGGAGGCAGCUCUGGGAAUCGUGUGCUUUCAGAUUUUGAUGAAGUAUGUCACUCUCAUGGCGUGUCGGGGAGAGCGUUUCGUGUGGUUGUGGACCAUUUCCUCGCAGCAACAACGACUGCAAAGCCAUGUUGUCUUCCUGGUUUCCUGGUCGAACCUUCUCUCGCCAACGGGCAAGAUGAAGAGGACGGGGGAGAAGUGGACAAUGGUACCAAUGUGGAGGGAGAGAUCAGGAAUGGCCAUGGCGAUGGAGGAGAGGAAGGAGAGUGGGAGGACUUGUGGGAGCAGGGUCUGGGUGUUUGUCGCGUGGACUGUUUCUCUCGCUCUCUUGAACAGUGUGUCAGAGAGGGGUUACGCUCCUGUCCACAGGUCACUUCCACUCUGGCCAAGGCUUCCUGUUUCUACAACUACAUUACCUCUGCUGUCCCCCCGGAGAAACUUAGCCAGGUGUUUGAUGGUCUGGGGGCAGGAAACACCCCCCCUGUAGCAAGAGACUGGGCUGCUCAGCUUAAGGUGCUUCGUCGGUUGCUGGACUCAGUGGAGUUCUUGGAGGAGUUGAGUGGUCCAGGAGAGAUGGUGCUGGGCGGUUCAGAGAGAGGCCUGCUGAGGGAGCUCACGGACACUUUGGAGCCCUUCACUGAGGCCUGGGACAUGGUGCACGGGGACAGACAGGCAGACAUACAGACAGAUAGACAUGUGUCCAUCAGCCUGGCUCUGCCUUGUGUUCUCGGCCUCCGGAAGCAUCUCUCUGAGACCUCAACCCCCCACUGCCCCUCUCUCCUGGUGGGCCUAAGCCAGGCUGUAGAGCGUCGGCUGGCGCCGGUCCUGGAGGACCCUCUCUACAUCACUGCCACCACCCUGGACCCCCAGUUUAAGCUCACUUGGAGCAGCAACCCUGACUGGCACAGACAAGUUCUCAUCGAGGAGUUGUCCAAACAUUCCACAGCCUCCAGCCCCGUAGACCCCAACACCAACAUUGAUCCUCGAUCCCAGACCCCUCCUGCCCCGGCUCCAUCACCGGUCUCCUCGCUUUCCCGGCCCUGCAAGCUGUUCUCUUUCAUCAAGCAGAGACCCACAGCACAGGCCAAGAGCCUGGAGCAGGAGUUGGCCGUCUACCUACGGGAGGAACCCACCGACGAGGUGGCUUUGCAUUACUGGCAGCGUAAAGCAAUCGACUUUCCUCUGCUUGCUCAGGUGGCCAAGAGGGCGUUUACCAUUCCUGCUUGUGGCACUGUAGUCGAGAGCAUUUUUACUAUUGCAGAGCGCUGUCUGCGGCCAGAGAGAGGCCGAGUCUUGCCAAAAAACCUGGAGACGCUCAUCUACCUCAAAGCGAACUACAGAUUAUUAUGGACUUAAAGCUAGGAGUCAAGCAUUUAUUUUACCUAAAAAGCAACUCAAUACUUUAUGCCUACAGAAAAGUUACUUCUUGAAUACUAACCUCUUUUCCUCACAAAGGAAACUGGGCUAGAGACAUGACAUCUUACUGAUGCUCAUGCUACACACCAUUCAAUGUGAGAUGGAAUGAAUUACUCAUAAUUUCACAGCUCCGACUCAGUUCCCCUUCAUAAGAAGGUUUCUCCAGAUUGUUGUCGGGGUGGAUUGCUGUCCGUUUACCACGUCGCCCGAAUGCAGACUUUCAUAGCAUAUGCUGUGGGCCGAGCGGACUAGAAGCAGAUCAAUACAAAAGCAUUUACUUUGACACUAUUAAUUACCUGCUCAGGGUCUUCAGAUAACUGCAAGACCACAAAUGCCCAGACUCUCUGUAACUCCCAAACCCAAACAGCUUGGGUCUGUGCACCGACAUGCCGACAAUAACCAAAUGGUCAAUUAUUUCAUACUUAAGCAUCUGAUUUAUUCUCACUGAUAUACAAUAACCCUAGAGGUUGUAACUAAUUCAUUUGUUGUUGUUUUUGAAGGAGGACAUCAGCUGAUAAACAAUAUAUCAGUGCUUCAUCCACUUAUUAUUUUCUAUUUCUGUGUGUAUGCCUCAUCAUGGACAUCAUAAUAAACAAGUUUCACUUGAUAACGCAGAAGUGCACUCAUGCAUAUACGUUGCGCACCUUCUUUAUUUUGCCAAUGGAGAAAAACAGAAAUCUGCAUAAUUAAUACAUUUUGAUUCAUUUAUAUUUUCCUCUGCCAGUCCUUUAUCACAGUAUAUGUGCCCUGUCACAGUGGAGGUCAAUUUCCCUUUAUUUAUGAGUAUUUCUUUGCUUUUUCAAUCAAUUUCAAAACAUCUGAGCUUUUAGGGAAUUUAAAUUGGUUUGCCUCUGCCCUGGUAAACUAGUGGAGGGUGUGUGCAUGUGGCACAACAUUGCCUGUUGCAUUGUCGGACCUCACUGAAAUAUGUUGAAACCCCUUUGCUGGGCACCACUUUGAAGGACACAGUGUGAACAUUGCAGUGUGCAUUUGCCUUUAUUCAGGGACUGUGUUCCUCUUGGCCAGUGGGGAGCAGGCCGAGUAAUUGCAUGUAAUUCCAUUACAGUUAAAUUGUAGUCCGCGGGCAGCAGUCGCAUCCCACGCGGUCCUUUUCUCAAAUCCAGCUUGGCCCACAAAAGUUGAUUACUAAAGUACUUAGAAAUAAAUGGCUGGAAACUAAAUGUAGCUACAAUACAAGUGUUCUCUAAUGCUACAUCAGAAGGCACAAACUGCUUCAAUGCAUUGAUUAUGUUUUUAUGAUUAAAAAAAUCUAUUUGAAGAUGGGCGGCUGUGAAGGAAAUGUAAUGGAUCAUUUUAUAACGAUGCAAUGAUUACACCUCUUUUUCACAGACUGCGGAACAGCUUCAUGUCAGUGUAACUGUUUUGAGUUGAAAACCACUUCUGAUGAAGUGUGUUAAUCUGGGUGAGAUAACAUGAGAUUUUCCUUCCAGAUCAUAAUGAUCAAAGAUGGCUGUGAUCUUCAUGAGUAUCCCUGCAGGAUGUCUCUGUGGAUUCAGAUGUGAUGCUAGAUUUCAGUGUGGAAGUGUCAGUGUGUUUAGCUUUGAAAAGUGUUUUUGCCUAGAUCCAUGGGUGGUGUUGUUGUUGUUGUUUGUGAGUGUAUGUAGAGCUGCUUAAAGUGUCUCUCCCUUCCCCCACUGGCUGUGACAGCUCAUCCAUUAAAGUUAGUUAAGCAGG